UCAAAAAUACAAUGGGCCAAAGAUCAUAAACUUAUUACAUCAUCAAGAAAAUACAAAAUAUCUCACAAAGGAGCAUUGAGAAUAAGAGAAGCUAGUUAUGGUGAUACAGGUGUUUUUACAUGUCUUGCGGGUCGUUCUUCUGCUGACAUAACCAUAAAUGUUAAAGCACGACCCGGAGACUUUCCUAGCUCUGAAGAAAUUGAAAAGCAAACUCAUAAUCAACUCGAUCCAGGUAUGCAUGGAAAUGGUGAUCCCCCACAGCGACCCUUUAUAUUUCCUGGUGAUGAUGAGAGCCAUGAACAGAUUCCUGGAGAAGUUUCAAGAAAAACAAAAUCUACUCAACAACCCAAACCUGUUUUACCUCAACAACGUUCCUAUACUACUACCAACUCAGGAAUUGAGACAGUAAUUAAUUGA